AUGACCAUGCGUCUCAUCGUCCCAGCUGUUCUCCUGGCCCUCGCUGGUACUGUCCUGGGACAAGGAGCAUGCUUCGUUCCCAACGGAACCAACAGACAUGCUCUCACUAACGCGAACAUUCAAAAGUACGCCGCUUGUGAAAACAAUGGGCACAGCAUGUGCUGCAAUGUGGCGGGGGAUAGGUGCCAACCGAAUGGUCUGUGUUGGAACGAAGAACACAAACAACUUUGGCGGGAGAGCUGUACAGAUCCGACGUGGCAAUCACACAAGUGUUUGAAACUGUGCAUUUCAGACGAAUAUGAUUCAGGUGGCAUACCAGCUAGUGGAAUGGAUGUCCUCGUCACCCAAUGCGCGGACGGGAGCUACUGCUGCGGCAAUGAUCAGAAUGCGACUGAAUGUUGUAAGCUUGGUAAGGGUGUGAGGAUUGUAGACGGCGAGGUCAUCACUUCGUCGGCCUUGUCUUCUUCUACCCUCGGCCCAACGACGAUCCCGAUAUCCUCAAUGCUGUCUUCUGCAAUAUCCUCCGCGACCACCACCCCGACUGCGACAGAUUCCGAGACGGAGGACAAGAAGGAGACGUCGAAUUCUCACGCUGGUGUAAUCGGUGGUGCUGUUGGCGGCGGCGUCGGCGCGAUGGUUCUUGUCAUUGCGGCCUUGUUCUUUUGGCACAGAAGAAAGAAGGCUGGAGGAAUGCGCGGGGAUAAUGCCACACAUCAAAAGACCUAUGCCACUGCGGACGAGGACGCGAAGUACGUGGUAACUUCAUCACCUCCACAGUAUUACAAUCAGCCUCCUUCUGAGCUGCCUGGGCCAAUGGACCCGGUUGAGUUAGGAUCCGAUGAACCACCAAGUCGACGGUAG